GAAGUUUAAAGUGAGGAAACUACAAUAUUUGGCGAACACUUCAAUAGAACUAAUCACAUACACACAGACGUAUACUGUCGAAAUAUAUUCCGCAAAGUAGUGCUCCUCUACAGUCUUGACCUCAUUAUGGUACAAGUAGAUAGCUUAGAGUCAUACUCCGCUGGUAAGAUGCCCGUGGUAAACAACGGCGUGAGUAGCUCACGUCGAGAGAUUGCAAACAGUAACGAGAGAAAGCGCAUGAUAGCUAUAAAUGAAGGAUUUAGCACUCUACGAGACAUUGUACCCGGAUGUGCUGGAGACAAACAAAGCAAAUCGAAGAUACUGAGAUUGGCAGCAUCGUAUAUACGAUCGCUACUCGCGAAAAUUGCUCUUCUCGAAGCGAAGAACGGUUCAGAGGUCGACUAUUCUGUUGAGGUAAGUGCUGAGGAGAUGAAGUCCAGCAAAGUUGCCCGGACAAACGAUAGUGGCACAGAUUCGAACAUCAGUAGUCCCGGAGUGUAUAUAGAAGCGGGACGGGUACCUAGUUCUGACAAUUUACAAACAAACGAGACAGUUUGUAUAUCAAUGCAAGGGCGAAAUCCAGCACAGGACAGAGGAACAAGAAGACCUCGCUCCCACACAGAAACUAAAAAUGCACGAGAGGGCCACUUCAAAAGUAGAUCUUAUUCCAUGAUUAGCUCCCAGUCUCAAGGACAUGUGCAUGCCCCACCGCUACACCCGGCUGCUAGGCAGGAUGCCUUUCUACCUGCCAAAGAUCUAGAGCAGAGCAUACAAGAGUUGCAAGAUCGCCUUGAAGAGAUGAAGGGGUCGCUGGCCGCACACAAUACACCGUUGCUCACGCCCGUGCCUUCGCCCAUGUACGGGCCUGAGAAUGGUGGCUACACACAGGCACCUCGAUCCUCGCGAACGUUCGAUCGAACAUCUAGCAUUGAUCAGUCACAGUUGCCGCCCUCACAUUCCUUUCCCAGCAGGAAAGAAAUGGAAAAUCCGUCUCCCAGAUGGCAACCAUACCUUCCACGUCGGCCCACAAAUAAGGAUAGCCCAAGUUGGAGCCCCAAGCGUGGCUGUGGUUCAGAGCUGUCACAUUUGGCAUCGCUGCCUCCAACAGUCCUUCCCACGGGCGAAGCGAAGGAAUACCAUGGUUAUAAAUCGCAACUCUCACAUUCGCAAUACCAGCGCCAACCACAAACGUAUGACCAGAAUGAAAACAUGGACGUGGGGGAGCAAGAGGUUUGUCCAGUGACUAAUGAACGUACAUCGUACGUAAUUCCAACGGAUCCACAUGGUAAUGUGACUAUCCCCAAACCCGACAAUCAACAAUCAGAAACUGCUAAUAGCGAAGCAAUCAACCAGGCAACCCAAAAUGCCAACGCACCAGCUGCUACCCGUGUCUUCAGCAUGCUUUCUUCCCACCCCUUCUCGACUUCUCGAGACGCCAAUGACUGGCACGAAAAGUCACGCUCGAGUCAAUAUUAUGAUUCUGCUCCGCAAAAGUUGAGCUCAAGCAAAUCUAACUAUGCACUCUCUUGGCCAAGAAAUGACCACGCGUCGCGUCCAUGUAGUGAUUCGAUGACAGGCACCGAAAUGUAUCCAUCGGAGGUAAAUGAAUAUGGAUGGAGUCGGAGCGCACAGAGCAUGGAGAAUUUGAACAAAUCCCAUAGUCAAGCUUACUCGCAAAGUUAUAUGGCGGGACCGAGUCCGAAACAGCUUCGAGACAAGAAGAAUGAUAACACUGGGCGAGCACAUAGCACAAGCGAAGUGCUUUGCAAUGAAGAGCACGAGAUACAUAGAGCUCCUGGGGGUAGCUUGGAUACGCUUUGCGAAGCUAUCUACAAAAUAGAUGGUGCCAUCGCGGACCCCGCCGGCACAUGUCAAGUUAUGCAGUAGCACUUUCCGCGUAAGGAUAAGGAACCAUAUUGCGCAAGUCAAUGAAAUAACCGCUCGUAUCUGGAGGGUCAGAAUACGAGAGAACGUCAGGUGUACAGCGGUGACAAGGGUGCUGAGGCAGUUUUCAUACCAAACGAAGGACCAUACAUCCCAGAGCCAGUGGGUUUCCAAGACAGCAUCCGGAGGAAAUUCAGAUCGGCAGCAGAGUACUAACCCGAUCACACUCCCGGAGCUGCUUGCACCAGAGACGAGAAAUAAUAUCCGAGAUCGCCAAUGUAGCCUCGUAAAUUGAGCAGAAAAUACAGCCUAAGCAUAAAUAACCAUCGUUCGGAUGGAAAUACGAGAUAGCCCACAUAAAUAAAAAAGAAAGUGCCGAGUCUGGCACUUCUGCUUUAUACUCCUGUUGUUCGUUGAAGCCCUUGCUGACGCGGAAUUGACUUGUUUUCCCCGAAGCUCUUAUCAAUAAAUACUGUCGUAUGUGAUGACAUUAAAUUUUGGGCACGUUC